UGGCUUACCCUAGCCCGUCGGGGAGAGGGUGCUGGAAGCUUGCGCAGGCGCACAAAAGAGCAACCGGGCCGUUGGUUGCCCGGAGAGAUGACCCCAACGGUUAGUCCCACCGAGGGCGUGUUGCCAUGGAGACCGCAGACUGUGGGGCUGUGGAACCGCUGGGCCUGUCUCCGUUUGGCAGGACCAGAAUGUUGCUUUCCGGACUCAAGAUGUGAAAAGGAUCCACGCCCCCGGAGGACAAGCGGGCGAGUAGGUUCUGCCUGAGCCGGCGCCCCCUCCAGGCCCGGCAGAAGCGAAGGACGCCGCGGCCCGGGGUUUGGGAAAGAGCCUUGGAUGGGGCGGACUGUGGCGUCAGGACACCAGAGCGCCCGUCCCACUUCGGUCUCUCCCUGGCUGUGGGACCUCAGUCAAGACACUGGGCUUCUCGGGGCUUCAUUUUCCUCCUCUAUGCCCCAGGUUUCUUCCAGCUUUGACGUUCUUUGAGGGGGAGGCACAGCAUCUCACUUAGGGUCAAGGAAGACCUAGGAGCUUCCCUUGAAGCGGGACAUCAAUUCAUCCCGACCAUGAACACUUAGGAAGUACUCGCUGGCCACGGACCGUGAGUUUAGGAGGUGCCACCUGAAUUGUACGUUGAUGGAUCCUUUGACUUCCACUAGGUGGAAGCAAGAAAAAUAUUACAUUCUGGACACUGUGUAUGAGAGAACUGCAGGAUUCAACAGGCUGGCAGGCAGAACCAUGGUCUCUGCAUUUGAGUUGGCUGCCAGGAACGUGGUCCGAGAGUUGAGCAAGAAUGGGGAGCUGAUCCCUGUGGACAGCCUCAAGAGCUCCACCCACUUCAGUCCCUACUACCUGGUCCGGAAGAAGACCAAGAGUUCCUUGUUUUGGAGGUCGCGGUAUAUUUGGCUCAAUUUAACUCUCAAGGACAUUCUGGAUCCGAGCUCUCCAGAACCAGAAGUGAUCCAGAAGGGACCAUUCCACUUUAAUGAUGAGGUGGAUGGGCAUGUGUCUGGCAGCAUGGAGGUGUCCACUUCUGUGCAGGGGAAGAUUUCAGGACAGACCUCGGUGUCAACUAGAACCAUCCUUGAGGUCAAGACUCUCACCGUGUCCCCUAACACCUGGGACCACUUACAAAAGGAAAGGAAAUUGAAGACACCAGAGCCCUCUGUCUUCCAGGAGCUUCGGGCACAAGGAGAGAACCUGUAUGUUGUGACAGAAGCCGUGAAGACCCAAAAAGAGGCCAUUCUGAAGAGGUCCAGAAAUAGGGCAGGCUUUGGGAAGAUCACCAUUCCUGGGGCCACAUGUUUCCAGGGUGAGGGUGAGGGUCAUUUAAACACAGUGAAGACAGUGACUGUCCCUGAGGGCAGCAUACUUGCCUUCCAAGUUGCCAAGUUGAUUUUCCGGGACCACCUGAGUAAGCCGGAUCAGAAGGACUGGGGUGUUCUUCUACUUCCAGACAAGAAACAUAAAACCUUCAUAUCCAAAGGAGCAUCUGGAAUCCACUUUUCAUCAGGCAAAUCAAGCACAUUUAGCGGCUCUGGCUACAAGUUGUCAUAUGAAGGCAAGAUGUCUGGAUAUUCUCAAGGAGAUUUAAGCCCAGAUUUCUGCAAACCAAAGACAGACAACCCAGUCACAGACUUUGAACAACUGCAAACUGAAGUGAAUGAUGAACAAAACUCACUGACCACGCUGGGCCCGAAGUUAAAGAAGUUUCUGCUUCAGGCUCUCCUGGGGCUCCUGCAGAGUGAGCAGGGCCUGCUGGACUUAGAAGACAUGCUAGAGCAGAGUUUGUACACCAAGGUAGCCCCACAGAAGGUGGAAGGCCUGACAGGUGACAUCCUAAGUAACUUGCAAGAGAAGAAUGGACAACUUGCAAAGGAACCAACAGGGGCAUUCCUCUAUCUCCUUGGAGCUCUGAAUGCCCUGAGUGACAUCCAACAUCAGCUCCUGAUCCAGUUGCUGGAGAAGAAGGGAAAGAUCCUCUCCCAGGAGGUAGAAUUGGUGAAGGGAAUUCUAAAGGAGAACUUCAAUCAGACCAAGGAGAGGACUUUCUCCCUUCCUUCAGAGCUGCUGUCCUUUGUCCAAGACCAGGAUAAGGAGCUGACUCUCACAUAUGGCCUGUUGGGAGAGUGUGGACUAUGGCUCUCAGGAGAUGCACUCCAAUUUACCUGGAACCCCAGUGUUCGCCACUCACUUUGUGCACUGUAUGGAAGUCUGGUGAUGCUGCAAGCUCUCCUUAAGGCCUGAUGACCUAGCCCCCUUUUCCCCAACCCAUUUGGUACCCCCUCCCCCUAUGUCAUCCCCAGGCCCAGUAGAUUAGGGGACAGCCAUAUUUCACAUCACAGGAUCAUGACAUUUGAGCAUUGGAUCUUCCUCUGACCAACCAGUCCAUCCACAUCCAAAACGCAUCCACAUUGUAAUGUACUGGAUAAGUGAUCACCCAGGCUCUACUUAAAGACUCCAUUGCAGGGCAAUCUACCACCUCUCAAGGCAACUCAUUCCCCUUUUUGACAGCCUUUGUUAUUAGGAAGUUUUUUCUAUCAUCGAGCCUUAAUUUACCUGUUUGCAACCUCUGUCCACUGCUCCUAGUUCUGCCCUCUGUAGUCAACAGAACAAAUUCAAUUCCUUCUUUGCAGCCCUUUAAAUACUUGCACAGCCUUGUGUCUUUUCAUAUCCAGUUUCUUCAACUGGUCCUCAAGUGACAUGGACUCGAGCCUUUACCCUUGUGGUUGUUCUCCUCUGGACAUUGUCCAGUUUAUCAGUGCUCUUAAACUGUGGUGCUCAGAGCAGAUGAAAUGUAACUAAGGCAGAGGUGAAACUAUUACCUCCGUCUUCCUGGAAUCCAUACCUCUCUUAAUACAGCCCAAGAUGGCCUUAGCUUUUGAGUUGUCACAUCACAUUACUGACUCAUUGAGCUUGCAGUCAGUUAAACCUUCCAGAUCAGUUUUUAGACACUAUUGUAUAACCAUGUCUUGAUAUCUCAUGGAGUCAACUUCCAUUUGGUCAACUCUAAUAUUUAAAUUCUUUUCUCCAGUAUGGUUUUAUGCCUCUUUUUUCUAAGCUAAUAAUUCUCUUUUUGUAUCUUUCUUUCCGUUGCUCUUGAUUCUUUUCCCAUUUUUUUCCCUCUACUGCUCUCAUUUGGUUUCUGGGCGGUUUUUGUUUGUUUCUUUUUGAGGGGCAAUGAGGGUUAAGUGACUUGUCCAGGGUCACACAGCUAGUAAGUGUCAAGUGCCUGAGUCCAGAUUUGAACUCGGGUCCUCCU